AUGACAAAGCAAAAAUAUUCAAGUUUAGCUGUCAAAGAAGCGGUAUUGCGUGCAAUUGAACAAGGCAGAACUACAAGAGGCAUAUUGGAUCAGUUUGAUAUAGGAAAAUCAACAGUAGCUGAUAUAUAUAAAAGAUAUAAAGAAAGAAAUAACAAUAAAAUCUUUCCAAAGUCAGGAAAGCAUCGAAUUACAUCUGAAAGACAAGAUAAAAUUUUAGUUCGUGCUGCAAAAAAUAAUUCACGCAAAAAUGCUGUCUUGUUGAAUGCUGAAAUGAAAGAAUUUUAUAAUGUAAAAUGUAGUGUUGACACAAACAAAUAUGUUCAUCGACCAAAAGGCCAUAGAAACUAUCCUAAAUACCAGCUCCUAACAGUAAAGCUCGGGGAUGGAAACAUUAUGGUCUGGGGUAGCUUCAAUAGAGGUUGUGUCGGUCCUAUCCAUUUGAUUGACGACAUAAUGGACAAAAAUAUGUACAAAGAUAUUAAUAAGUAUGUUAUGCUACCAAAUGCUAAAGACAAAAUGCCUCGAGGAUGGAUAUUUCAGCAGCACAAUGACCCAAAGCACAUAUCAACCUUUGUGAUUCUUUUCCAAAAUCAAAAAAAUUCGAUUAAUGGAAUGGCCUUCGCAAAGUACUGA